AUGUAUUUUAGACACUCUUAUCAUUCAUCAAGAUUUACUACAUAAAUUGAAGAAUUAUAUAAUUAGGAAACUAUUGAUUUUAAAUCAGAGAGACCUUUUAGAAGUUUUGUUUCUAGUAGCUUGAGCUUACAUAAUCAGCCUUACUUAUAUACAAAAAGUAUUCCUAAAUCAUUAAUAGAGGAAGGUAAGAAUUAUAUUAUAAAUGCUUUUAUUAGGGUACAAAUCAAAAAGCAUACUUUAUCAUAUGUGUUUAUUAUCGAAUGAUAUGAAAGUAAAGAACAGAAAUAAUAGAAGAGAUAGAGAUAAAACAAUUUUAUUCACAGAUAACAUGGAAUUAUAUCAUCAUAAAAUCAUUAAAAGAAUUAAAGAAAUUUGUAGAAGGAGAAGUUGUAUAUGUGAAGGAUGUGGUAUAAAAACUAAUUUCGAAAAGAAACAUGAUGAUUUUGAAGUUCGAACUUAAUAAGCAAUAACUUCAGAAUUAAAACUACUCUAAUUUACUAGAGGAGGAUAAAAGAAAAAAUAAACAAUAAUAAAGGAAUUUAAAAUAAAAUAAAUUAAUGAAAAAAAAAUUAAGACUCAAUUCUCUUCUAUGAAUUCAUAAUUAUAGAUUAAUAUUCCCUAGACUCAAAGAGAUAAUGUUGUAGUUGAAAAGUAAGAUACAAAAAGAUCUUUACUUAAAACAACAAAAGACCUAAUAUAUUCACUGCCUGCAAUUAAAAAUAUUGUGCCUUUGACAAUUAUUAAAUAAAUCUAUAUAUCUGGUAGAAAGUAAAAGCAAUGUUCUGUUCGAAAACCCUCUCAUGAUACUCUAAUAAUCAAAGCUUAUAAACUUAAAUGA